CGCUGCUGCGGAGAUUUUUCAGUCACUCUGAAGUCCGGUCGUAUUUUAGUUUUUAUGAGAGUGCUGAGGGGAAACUUGAUUGAAGAAAAUUACCUUAUAGUGAAUGCAGGACAAAGCUACGAUGGGCUGGAAAAGAAGCUAAAAGAAGUCUUCAGUGAACGAAGCAGCAUCCUGCACCAGCUCUCCAAGACAUCAAAGGAGCUGGACAGCAUAAAAGGCAACCUUCAGUCACUGAAAAAUGAUGACUCAGUGGCCAAGAAGGAUGUGCAGAGGAUUCUGGAGCUCAGCCACAAACAGAGAGAGGAGAUGAAGUCCCUCCAGACAGCCUUGCAGAAGCAGCUGGAUGAGGCAAAUGAGAGAGCAGAGAAGCAGCAGGCCACGAUCAAAUUUCUUAAAGUGGAGAUGGAGAAAAAAACCAAAAUCAUCAAGGAUUUACAGCAAGAGAACAAGAGCUUGAAAAAUAAACUACUCUCGGGACACAAACUUUGUGACGCCUAUGCUGAAGAGUCCAAAAAAAUCCAGGCUCAACUGAAAGAACUGCGGUACGGGAAAAAGGAUUUAAUUUUUAAGGGGCAGCAGCUAAUGGACUUGGAGCACAAGUUAACUAUAGCCAAGGAAGAACUGGAGAAGACCGCACUGGAUAAGGAGUCUCAGCUGAAGGCGCUGAAGGACACAGUUCACAUCUGCUUCUCAGCUGUCCUGCACAACCAGCCCAGCAGCAGUCACAGAUUUCCCACCUCCCCCACCCACUUGUUCAGAUACUCAUCACUCAUCAACAGCUCCAGAGUCACCUUUCAGCAGCCACAUGCCAAGGAUAUCUCUAAAGUUCAGAGAGUUGUCACAGCCAGUAAAUCACCCAUGAACAUCGGAGUAAUGAGGAGAGAGAGUGGCGGAGUUAAAGACUGCCAGAUGGAAAAGGCCGGGGGCGACUGCUUCCAGAAUCAGACGGAGGAAUCAGCCCUGGAAAGUAAAAAGCUACCAGAGCCACAGCAGCAAAGGAGCCAAGCGCAGACUGGAAAAUUCAACACAAAGCUCUCAGACGACAGCGAGGAGGCAGAGGGAGGCAGCAGCAAAAAGACAAAGCCACAUAAAUACAACUGAGUGGAGGGCAAAUCAUCCAAAAUGCAGAGCUCCUGUAUUGCCUGAAGGAUCUUUCUAAGAGCACACACUUGCGCACUCUCACAAAAAACACAUGUGCGCCCACACACACACACACACACACACACAAACACACACACGUUAAAACACACACCGCUACACUUACACAUAUCAGCAUUGUUUGCAAAAGCUGGGACACUGGAACUGUCAACAAAUUUCAAACUGUCAUCGGAAAACCUCCAUAGUAAAAUGGCAUGCAUUCUAGAAAUUCUUUUUUAAAAAAGGUAGCAAUGGCACUGGUAACUUGUUUCAUGAUUGUUCAUUUGUUGUUUACUUAUCUGAGUUUUAUUCUGAGUGAGGACACUGCUUUCUUAAUGUGUGAUAUUUCUAGAAAAAUCCCUUUGCACUGGUGAGGUCUGACACUGUAUCCUGUGAUAAGUAUUUCAAUUGACAAAUAAAAAGAUACUACUACUAUUACUACUACUACUACUACUACUACUACUACUACUACCCAACUUAGAAUAUUGUUUGUCACUCAUUGUAGCAAGGUUAAUUUACUCCUCCACAUUUUAAAAUAUAGAGGCUCAAGUUGGCUGGCCAACUGUUCAACGUUUAAUAUUUCAGCACUCUUUCUGCCUUUAAAACUCCAGAGGCAAAGAGCCAAAGACUCACAAUGGGUCGUCUCCCUGAGAAUGUGCCAUGCACUGAGUAGUAACUCCUAGCUACAUGUAUCUGUGUUAUCUGACCUUUCUGUGUCCUUUCAAUAAAUUGUAAUUUUCA